AUGGGGAGCGACGACGAAGCGGGACCCGCGGUUCCCACCCGCGCGGCUGCUCCCUUGAAGCGGAAGCCCUUCAAGUCUUUGCACCUGCUCAACCCUGCGGGCCCCGCACCGCCGCGACAGCCGCCGCUGCACCCUGCUCCCGGCUCCACCGCUAAUCCCCGCGCGCGAUUCAAUGCGCCCGCGUCGGCAGCUUCAGUGACGUGCAACGCGAAAGGCGCGCCGGGCGCGGCGGCGGCGGAGGCGGCGGCGGCGGACUCGACGCGGUACUACAGCGUGAUGUACUGCCCGCGCAAGCCGCACGCGAAGCGCAAGGGGCCGUGGUCGGACGGGCUGCUGAGCGUGAAGGGGCGCGCGGUGGCCGUGCAGAACAUGGACGCCAAGAGCGUCGCUAAAGCCUCCGUCAGCGGCUGCGCGCACCUGAAAGAGGGCUCCACGCUCGAGGUACUCGCGCACGCGGCACGCAUGCGUGCACCCACUCUCCUGGUGCCGAUCUGCUGUCUAGCAGGGCGCGUGGUGGGCAAGUGGGAGGUGGAGGUGAUGCACGAGGUGCCGCGCGAGCAGUACCUCGCCGGCUCAUUCUUCAUCCCCGCCGCCCCUGCUGCUGCUGCUGCUGCUGCUGCUGCUGCUGCUGCCGCUGCUGUCACAUCCGCCGCUGCCACGGGUCGAGCAGGCAGUGGUGUUGCUGGCAAGGGCAGGAAGCGGGCGGGCGAGAGCAGCAGUGGCAGGGCGGCUGGCAGCAGUGCGGAAGGGGUGCUGGCGAACAAGAGAGCUGCGAGCAUGGAGAGCCGCAUGAGACUUGGCAACGAGGAUGCUGUGUGUCUCAACCCCAACCAGCACGGCAAGGGAAUCUCGAAGAUCUACCUUGACCCUUACAUCGGGGCGAGGAUGCGGCCCCACCAGGUGGAGGGAGUGCGCUUCAUGCUCGAGGCCGUGCUGGAGGUGCGCACGCCCGGCUGCUCCGGAUGCGUGCUGGCAGAUGAAAUGGGCCUUGGCAAAACCCUUCAAUUGAUAGCUCUCAUCUGGACUCUUCUCAAACAGGGCCCCCAGGGUCGCCCCUUCCUGCGCAAGGCAGUGGUGGUGUGCCCGUCCUCACUCGUUGACAACUGGGGCGCCGAGUUCCGCAAGUGGCUGGGCACGGAGCGGCUGAAGGCGAUGGUGGUGAACUCCAGCUUCACUCCCACCGAGGUGAGGGCCAAGAUGGCGGACUUCAAGCACGCGGUGGUGUGGCCGGUGCUCAUCACGUCCUACGACCUGCUGCGCCGCCUUGCACCGCUCCUUGCUGCCGCCUCCCCGCAGCUCCUCGUGUGCGACGAGGGCCACCGCCUCAAGAACUGUGCGGGCAACAAGACCAUUUCGGCCCUGCACCAGCUGGGGUGCCCGCGCAAGGUGCUGCUGACGGGCACGCCCAUGCAGAACGAUCUGAGUGAGUUCUUCGCAUUGCUGGAUCUGGUCAACCCGGGCUGCCUGGGUCCGCUGCCCGCCUUCCGCCGCAUCUUCGCCGACCCCAUCCAGAAGAGCCGCGACCGCAGCGCCACGGAGGAGGAGGUGCGGGUGGGGGAGGCGCGGUCACAGGAGCUGCAGGCCAAGGCAGCGGCCUUUGUGCUGCGCCGCACUGCUGCUGUCAAUGCCGCCUACCUGCCGCCCAAAUCAGAGUACAUAGUGUUCUGUCGCCUGCACGCACAGCAGGCGCGCCAGUACUCUGACUUCCUGCGCUCCACUCCCUGUCUCCCCCACCACCUAUCACUCCUCUACUUGCCUUUUCCUCCAGGACACCACACCCUCUCGCCCCUUUUUCUACCGCCACCCCUUGCAGCACAUGUACACUCCGCUUCUGCCCCUUCCCUCCCGGGUGACUGCAUCCCUUCCACCUUCCCCACCCCCCGCUCUCCCCCCCCGUGUGCAUGGCAGCACGUGCGGUCGCUGCUGUAUGCGGUGGCGCCCGGCACCACAGCCAGUGCGCUGACGGCCAUCUGCCACCUCCGGAAGCUCUGCCUGCACCCCGCCCUCGCUGCCUCCCCCGUCCCCUCCUCCCCCCGCCCGCGCUCCCCCUCCCCUGCUACCUCCACCUCUGCUGCUGGGGGAGAGGAAGGGGGAGAUGAGGAGGAAUGGGCGGGGGACGAGGAGCAUGAGGAGGUGGCAGAGGAGGAGCAGGAGAAUGCAGAGUGGGGAGCAGAGGGAGGGGAGGUGGGGGGAUGUGAGGGAGGGAUGGCAGGAGGGGUUGCAGCAAACGAGGCAGCGCAGAAGCGCAAUAUGUUCAGGCGCCCAUCCAUGCUUCCACAGGCGUCCCCAUCCGCGCAGGGCGCGCCCCUGUCGCGCACAGCAGCAGUGGCGGCGUUUGCAGCAGCGCUCAAGUCACUGGGCGCUGAUGCAUGGCGCCUGAGCGGCAAGCUGCACGUGCUGGCGCUGCUGCUGCAAGCCAUACUGGGGGGGCCCGCGGGAGAGAGGGAGGACGAGGGCAGUGCGAAAUCGAACAUCACCGACGCCAGCAGUGACACUCGUGCCCCUUUCAGUGCUGCUGGUGCUGCUGGCGGGGGUGGCAGUGGGGAUAAAGUGGUGAUAGUGUCAAACUUCACACGAGCGCUUGAUGUGAUCGAGGCCAUGUGUGAGUCGCACGGGUGGAAGACAACGCGCCUGGACGGCAGCACAGAGGCAGCGGCACGGCAGGCGCUGGUGUGUGCGUUCAACACGGGGCGCGACGGCAGCAGCUGCUUCCUGCUGUCGUCCAAGGCGGGCGGGGCGGGGCUGAACCUGGUGGGCGCCAACCGCCUCGUGCUCUUCGACCCCGACUGGAACCCCGCCAACGACCACCAGGCCAUGGCGCGCGUGUGGAGGGACGGGCAGAGCAAGCCGGUGGUGAUCUACCGCAUGCUCGCCACUGGCAGCAUCGAGGAGAAGAUCUUCCAGCGCCAGCUCAUGAAGGGCGAUGUCGCCACCGCUGUGGGCGAUGGCAGCGCACCGCCGGGCACCGGCAAUGCUGGCAGGGGGGGCAGCGGCGGCGGUGGCAGUAGCAGCAGCAAGCGUGGGGCGGGGCACUUCACUAAAGAAGAGCUGCGCGAGCUGUUCACUCUGGAGCAGGCCACAGCGUGUGACACGCUGGACCUGCUGCUGCGCUCCAACUCCCCUCUCUCCGCGAAAUGGCUCGCUGCCACCAGCGCUGCCGCGCCUGCUGGGAGCACCAUCUCUGGCUCCACUAGUGUCAGCUCUUCUGCUGCUGAAGCAGAUACAGGCGCUGGGAGGGGCGGGUUGGCAGCACGCAUUGCAGAUGGGCCGCUGAGGGACGUGGUGGGCAUGUGUGAGGGGGUGACGUUCGUGUACCAUGACUCCACUGGCUCCCCAGGCCGCACUGAGACGCCCACACAAGGUGCUCGUGCUCAUGGUGAUGGCACGGGGCUGGCAGGCCCGGGAGGAGCUCAGCACAACAGGCAAGCAGCAGGAGGAAGCAAAGAGGAAGAGGAAUGUGAGGAGGAGGAGCAUGCAGUGUUGAGAGGUGCUGCUGGUGGUGGUGGGGAGAGACGCAGGAGCACGGAGAGGCGAGUGGAAGAGCAGGGCAGUGACGGCACAGGUGGAGGGGCGGCUGUGGAGUUGCUGACGUUUGAUGCACUUGAAGGUGUUUCUGAUGACGUCAUGGACUUGUUUGGCUCCGAUGUCUUCUGA